AUGGCAAAUAUCAAAUCUAUAUAUCUCCCUCUUUUCGCUCUCCUUGUAGCCUUACUUCUUUGUCCCACAUUUGCACAUGAAAAACCUGAUAACCCGAAUUGUACACCUCCAUCUCACCCAAAGAAACAUAAACCUCCACCACCACCACACGAACCGAACUGUCCUCCACCUCCAUCCAAUCCGAACUGUCCUCCACCUCCAUCCAUCCCACCUCCAUCCAACCCAAAUUGUCCUCCACCUCCAUCCAUCCCAAAGAAACAAAAACCUCCACCAAAGGCCCCGAACCCAAAACCACCACCACAGGAGCCCAUCCAAAACCCACCACCAGAGCCGGUCGAACCCCCUCCACAAGAACCGGAGAAACAAGAACCACCACCACAAGAACCAAACGAACCUCCAAAACCAACUCCUUUCCAUGGUAUCUUCAAGGGUCAUUUCACCGCCGUUUAUGCUUUUGGAGACUCCUACACAGACACCGGAAACGCCCAAUUCCUCGGUGGUCUCAAAGCAUCAUUCUCAGGGUCCCUGAGCUCACCCUAUGGCAUCACCACAUUUGGCAAGUCCUCAAACCGAUUAUGUGAUGGUCGAUUAGUUCUUGAUUUUAUUACCGACUCCCUCGGUUUACCUGCCGUACCUCCUUACCAAUCAACCACGGCUAACUUCACCUCCGGGGCUAACUUUGCGGUUGCUGGAGCCACCACUCUUGCGGUUGACCUUUUGGCUAAGAUUGUUCGAACCGCGUUUCUAUGGAAAGGCACACCGUUAGGUAUUUGGACUCAACUUGAUUGGUUCAAGAAGUUUCAAGUAGAUCAUGCUUGUAAAGGAUUGGAUCAAAAAGCAUGUAAGGUUAAAUUGAACACGGCUUUGUUUUGGGUUGGGGAUAUUGGACUCAAUGACUAUUCACGUGCGGUUGGAUCUCCGAUUUCACUUCGUUCGAUAGCUCGGUCGUCCACAUUGUACGUGAUUGAACUUGUCAGGACACUUAUAAAAACCGGAGCAAAGAACAUAGUAGUCCAAGGGUUGCCACCUGUCGGUUGUCUCCCAGUAGACGUGACAUCAUGUCCCAUCAACCAACGUGACAAAUCCGGGUGUUCCUCAAUCGUAAACGGAGCCAUAAUGAUCCACAAUGGAAUCCUACAAACCAAAUUGGAAAUCUUAAGGAAACUAUUCCCAGAUGUCACAAUCAUAUACGCCGAUUCAUGGAAAGCAUACUUCACAAUCGUAUCCAACCCAACAAAAUACCAAUUUCAAGAAACCCAUAAAACUUGCUGCGGAUUCAGUGGCCAAAAGUCCGACCUCAACUUCAAUAUUCAAUCAAUAUGCGGAUCUUCGGGUACUUCAGUGUGUAAAGAUCCAAGCAAAUACAUCAAUUGGGAUGGAAUUCAUCCCACCGAAGCUAUGAAUUACCAAAUGACUGAUCAAUUUUUUAAUCAAGGGUGUACAAUUCCACCGUUUAAACAGCUCAUAACAAAAACCAAAGUCAAAGUCUCUAUAAAGACACAAACACCCGAGUAA